UCCUGUGUAUCCGAGCCGUAGUCUAUGUGUGUGACAGUGACUGAACGGAGCAUGACCAAAUCCAGUGUAACGGAGAAACGACAAAAAUGAAACAGAAGUACACGUUCUGGGAGAAACUGAGUUUGAAAUGUGUUCUAGUGGGGGACAUGAACGUAGGGAAGUCUAGCUUGGCUGCCCGGAUAUCUUCGAGGACGUUCAAGACGGACUAUUCUCCGACUCUGUUCGACAACUAUGCAGCGACUGUUUCAGUACAUGGAAUCCCAUAUCACCUGAACCUCUUUGACACGGCUGGAAAGGAGGACUUUUCAAAAGUGCGUGUGAUGUCAUACAUCAACAGUGACGUCUUUCUAGUGUGUUUUUCCAUUGACGAUGUUAAGUCGUUAGUGCACGUCCAUGAAUCAUGGGUACCGGAACUACGUCAACAUGUGCCAAACACGCCAUUUAUAUUGGUGGGUACCAAACUGGAUGUACGGUUCCAGCAACCAGAUAUUCAGGUUCUCGACAGUUCCGCGGUCUCGCCAAAGCAGGGUAAGGAAGUUGCGUCGACGGUGGGUGCGUACAGUUAUGUGGAGGUGUCCUCGCUCAGCGCUGACGGCGUGGACGACUUGAUCACAGAGAUAGUGGAGGCCGCCAAAGCCAACUGGGAAAUCAAGUGCGCUCAGAAAAAGAAGUGUCCCUCUUGCGUCAUUGUUUGAGAUUACUCUGAAAUAGACUUCCCCGGUGCUAUUUUCAAAUUUGAUGACCACGUGCCAUGAUAUUGUAUUUUGGUGACGUUGUUUGCAGUUGUUAUUUGUUUAUUUAAAAGAGAUGGUGUCAAACUCUCAGGAGACAUCAUAAGAUAUUUUUUAAUAUGAUGAUCUCAUGACGUAUAACUACAGCAUAGAAACAAUGUGAUAAAGCAAUGGUAUAGUAGUAUGUCGAGGCAGAGUCACAUUCACCGUGCAAUACUGUGACAUUGUGUCAAACGACACGUAUUUAUACAUGUACAUGUAUCAUGCCAAUAUAUGAUAACGACACUGUCUCAUUUUAGAGACCAUGUUAUAGCCAAGGAUGCGUUUUACGAGUCUGCCUCGUUUGUGAAUGUCGACUUUGAAGUGUGCUUCACGACUCAGUGAUACGUUUGUAAAAAGGCGCUGUUGAUAUUUUAUGAUGAUAUUUUUUUUUUAACUUUUUUACUGGUUAACAAUAAAAUGAAAUUUAAAUCUU